AUGAUGAUGCUCGCCAUCCCGGUUUGCCUUUUGGCUGUUUUAUCUUUCGCCCAGGCAACUGCCGCCCGGCUGCCGACCUUGAACUUGCCCUGGGGCACAUGGCAGUCUACCGUCUAUGAAAAAGACUCAAAUGUCUACGUUUUCAAAAAUGUGCGAUUCGGAGCUAAGCCGCCCAGGUUCGGCCGGUCCGCAUUUCCAACCCAAUGGGACAACAGCUCGUCUGGGGCAGCUUGCUACCAGGUGAGCGCCAGCGGUCUUCAAGUUCCUCACGAUGGACCAGUCGGCGUCCCAGAUCUUCGCGCGCCCCUCGAAGCUCUCCCCCAGGACGAGGAUUGCUUGUUCCUGGAUGUCUACGUGCCGGCAUCCAACUUUGAUGCCAAUGGGAAUCCAAUCAAAGCGCUGCCAGUCGUCGUUUGGUUCUACGGCGGAGCUUUCGCCUUUGGCGCCAAAGAGCUAGGCGACGGGAUCUCGCUCUAUACGGGUCAGGCAAUGACCACAGCCACCCACAACGAGGUCAUAUUUGUCGCCGGAAAUUACAGGCUUGGCGCCUUUGGGUGGCUGGCCGGUCGGUACAUGCAGAGUUCGGCGCAGCCCAAUGCGGGACUCUACGACCAGGCUCUGCUGCUCAACUGGACGAACCAGUAUAUCUCCAGAGUGGGUGGCAAUCCCAACCGGGUCAGCGCAUGGGGCGAGUCAGCCGGUGCCGGCUCGAUUCUUCAUCAUCUCAUUCGUGAGGGUGGCACUGUCAAGCCUUUGUUCAACACCUUCUUGGUGCAGAGCCCGGCCUUUCCGUGGUCCUGGGAUAACCAGCCUCUCGGGACACUUGAUGAGACCUACUUGAAUUUUUCACAGGCAGCAGGAUGCGGCCGCAACUUCAACAUCACUUGCCUUCGAAAUGUAAACAUUGAUGCCCUGAUUAACGCGAACGACUAUCUCUACCACAGAGUCAAGGACACGGGAAUCUACCCGCACACGCCGCUUGCUAUGAUGCCUACUUGGAACACGUCGAAAACUGACAACCACGUGACAAAAACAGAGCAGUUCUAUCCCGCCAUCAGUGGUGCCAUAAUCUCCCAUGUCUACAAUGAAUCGUACAGCUUCACGCCCAACGUUCGGACCCAAAACGACUUUGACACAUUUCUCGCAGAGUUUAUACCCGGACCUGCCCUCGCCACUGUUCGCAGCCAGAUUCGCAGCCGCUAUAACUGCGUCGCCGCCCCAUACUACGGCGACUUCAAGCUCUGCUUGGCUGCCGUCAUUGGCGACAGCUCCUUUUUCUGCAAUACGCGCGACCUUUACGGGGCCUUCCCUUCCGUGAGCUACAUGAUGCAGUAUGCAUUCCCGACCGAGGUGGAGGCCGUGCACGCGAGCGAUUUGCUGCCGGCAUUUAUGAACGGCAUCCAGGACGCCGUCGAUAUCAUUUUGAACGCGGAUCCAGACUUUGGUGAAGCAAAGGCCUACGCCCUAGCGACUGACCUCGAUGAAUCGAUCAAAUAUGUCUACCAGGCAUAUUUCGGUGCCUUUGCCGCGUCGGGCAAUCCCAACAGCGGCCCUCCGACGCGCCCGUUUAAUUGGCCUGUGGCCUCUCCUGGAGAGUCGCUGUCGAAUGUUUUGCGGGUGCAGCAGUAUUUUCCGAUUUUCCAGAGCGCGUUUGUACUCACGACGGACAAGCAGAGCAACGCCACUGUUUGUGGUUUUUGGACAAACAUCGCUUAUCAGAUCGUCAACGCAAAGUCCGCUGACGACUCUACAACCCACGUCCACCAGCAGUCACCAACCAGCAAUGGCGCGAAAUACGAUGAACUUUAG